GCUCUAAGGAUAGAAGAAGCACUAAGUAAUUAUAACUUUUACUCUGGCAUGAAUCAUGUACUCUAUUUGUUUAUUAUCCGAUUUGUCAUUUCAGAGUUAAAAAAGUUUGACAUUUUAAAGAUUCUGAAAAUUUCAAAGAAGUUUUACCAUCUGCCCUAAAAGGACUGCACCUGGCUUGUUAAGGUGUCGGGGAUUAGCGGCCAAUAAUUCAAGGAUCUUUUAAAGCCUGGUGAUAGAUUUCGUGAAAUAUAACCAACCUUGGUUUACUAAAAUCCUACCUGUUUUUCCCAAAGGUUACUUAUUAGGGCCACUGGAAUUACCACCCAAUUGGUAGGUAGAACUUUGGAGUGGAUGGCACCUUUACAGUUACACCAUGAAGUACCGUAUGUUGAAUAAGCGCAAGCAAGCGACUCCUUCGCCAGUGAGGCAAUCCGAGGUGGAAGACACAUCCUUGGCCAAUCACAGUGCCCUGGAACUGGAGGCAGCUGCAGCACUCCUGUUGCUUCGAUACCAAUACGAUCGACAGGCCUGCAGCAGUAUUAUAUCCUACACCGAAUCCUGCUCUCCUCCAACUCCUCCGCCUGCUGUGGCUGAUAAUACAACGCCAAAGGAUCAGACUGUUCGUCCUCCAGUCGCCAGUCAGCCGCUGAAGAAACGCUCCAUACCAUCGCAUCUCCUUAGAAGAUCCGUCACACCUGCCAGGUCCGAGAGUUCCGUGAUCAAUAAAUCUAUAGUCAAGGCCAAAACCAGGACACCAAUUCCCGCCAGUGAGCGCAGCUGCAAUAGGUCCCUGCUCAAAUCCUGCAGGAAUAUGAUACGUGAAUUCUUGGACAAUCAGGAGCUCAUCUGAAAACAACAAUUUACUAAAGUAUUUAAGAUUAAUUAUAACAUCCCACCAUUCUUGUUUCAAGAUUUAAAAGUUUAAGAUUUAAGAAAUCUUUUAAAUGAACGAUGCCGACUUUUAAGAUUUUGCAAAAAACAUCUUCAGUGAAUUUUAAAAAACGAAACUAUUGAAUAUAUAACGCCCAGUAAAUGCCAUGCCCAAUGAUUAAGUCGAUCCCCAGGAUCUCGGAUUUCACUUUUCAAUUUAUUUAUUGCAUAUAAAUUUGUUUCCUUUUUUUUAUACAUAUAUAAAUUAUGUAUUGAU